ACAAAGACAGAGAGCUUGGUCAGCCUUGUUCGAUCUGAUCGUAAAUCUGAGACAGAUCUCCUCUGCUGGUGAAAAUGGCCGGUGGAGUUAACCGGAAGAUAUCGGCCGCUUCGGCCCGAGCUCACACCCGAAGAGCCAAGCAAAACAGCUCCUUCCGUCUUCCUCCAGGGAUGUUUAGGACAACCCUAGUGGUCUUGUUUAUGGGGUUUAUGGCGUGGGCUUAUCAGGCCAUCCAACCUCCUCCAAUGAAGAUAUGUGGCUCUCCUGAUGGCCCUCCUGUCACAGCACCAAGAAUAAAACUUAGGGAUGGAAGACAUUUAGCAUAUCAAGAGCAUGGGGUCCCAAAAGAAAAUGCUCAGUAUAAAAUUGUAUAUAUCCAUGGUAUCGAUUCUUGCAGACAUGAUGCUGUUGCUGCAGAAACCCUAUCUCCUGAAAUUGUGGAAGACUUGGGUAUCUACAUCGUGUCUUUUGACAGACCAGGUUAUGGAGAGAGUGAUCCUGAUCCAAAGAGAACAGCAAAGAGUUUAGCUUUAGAUAUAGAAGCGUUGGCUGAUGAAUUAGGAUUAGGAUCCAGAUUCUAUGUACUUGGAUUUUCCAUGGGUGGACAGUCUCUUUGGGGUUGCCUCAAGUACAUCCCUCACAGGCUAGCUGGAGCGGCACUAUUAGCUCCAGUUGUUAAUUACUGGUGGACUGGCAUUCCGGAAAAUCUAUCUAAUGAGGCAUACUACCAACAAUUUCAGCAAGACCAAUGGGCAGUUCGUGUUUCUCAUUAUGCCCCUUGGCUUACCUAUUUCUGGAACACUCAAAAGUGGUUUCCUUCUUCAAGUGUUUUUGCACACAGCACAGAUAUUCUUUCUCAGCCAGACAAAGAAGUCCUCCCUAAGCUGCUCAAAAGAAAAUCAUACAUGGACCAGGUAAGACAGCAAGGAGAGUUCGAGUCCAUUCACCGUGACAUGAAUUUGGGAUUUGGGACCUGGGAAUUCAGUCCUCUGGAACUGGAAAAUCCAUUUCCAAACAAUGAAGCUUCUGUCCAUGUGUGGCAAGGAGAUGACGAUAACAUGGUUCCUGUUACUCUGCAAAGAUACAUUGCCCAACAACUUCCCUGGAUUCGAUAUCAUGAGAUACCAGGAGCCGGACACUUGUUCCCACAUGCUGAUGGGUUGUGCAAUACCAUUGUCAAGGCACUUUUAACUGAUGAGAAUUAACCUUCUGCUUAUUUUAUGGGCCAAUUCAGGUUAGCUUUUUUUGUGUAUUCAUAUUCUCUGUGGAGAAUCAAAGUUCAUCAUUUUGUUAUGUACAAUAUGAUUUUGUAUCCGCCAGCUCCGUUAUAGAUUGUUGCAUCACGAUGCAGUUGCUUCUUAGGGAUUGAAAUUUGAAAAUUUGGCUUCAGAUAAAA